AUGGACGUGUCCGCGCCGGAGGCCGCCGCUGCGUCCGCGCGGCCGCGCGCGCAGUCGCGCCCCAGCCAGCAGAACAAGAAACCGCCGCACGACGCAAAGCCGCAGUCCGCGCCCUCGCAGCGCAAGCAGAAGCCGCAGAACGCGCGUCCAAAGGCGGCGCCCAAGGCCGACGCUUCUUCAUCUACCGCCUCCUCCGCCGCCGCCGCUGCUGUGGGCGACUACCGAGACGCGCCGUGGUUCCAGGCGGGAGAGGGCGACCUGGUGUUCGCCCAGUGGCUGCUGGGCCGCUGCAAUGGCGUGGGGGACGCCGUCACGCCGCAGUCGCCCGAGGCCACGCAGCGCAUGUUCGCGCUGUUUAAAACCCAGCGGCGGCUGCGUCGGGAGCUGGCGCUGGGCUCCAAGCGGGAGGUCGCAGGCGGCGAUGACGACGAAGACGAUGAGGAGGAAGGUGGAGAGGAGGAAGACCAAGAGGCGGAGACGCUGCGCGAGGCCGAGCCGCUGUGGCCCGUGCAGCAGAUCGUGGAGCAGGUCGGGGACGUGCUGCGGCCGGCCAGGCUGGCGCUGCAGAGGCAGCAGAGAGAGGCGGAGAGGACCAAUUCCAAGGCGGAGGGUGCCCUCGAGAGGAUCGUCGUGGCCGAGGUGGUGGACAACGCCACGGAGCUCAUCCUGAGCCGGGCUACGGCGGAGCACGAGCAGCUGCUGAAGCGCUGGGUCGAGAUCCUGAGGGAGGAGGAGAACAAGGGACCCGAAGUCAGCCCCGAGGUGGAAGCAGUAGCAGCUGAAGAAGACGGAGAUGAAGACGCGGCUGCCGCGCAGAAGAGCAAGAAGAAGGAGAAGAAGGAGAAGAAGAAGUCCAAAGCCGCGGAGGACACGGCGUGUGAGCAGGUGCAGUCCUUCCUGAUGUUCUUGACGGAGUCGGCGCAAACGCAGAAGCAGGCGGGGGAGGCUCCAGUGACUGCCACUGCGGCGCUCUCUGAUGCGGAGAAGACGUGGACGACGGAGCUGCAGCGGAUUGUGGAGCUCUCGAGUAUUGAGCCGGAGGAGGAGGCGCGGCGUCUCCGAGUGGCGCGCGAUAUCCAGACCGUUCUCCGGCGCGAGGUGAGCAAGUGGCGACAUUGCGAAGUGAUUCUGUUCGGCAGCUCCUUGACGCACUACGGCUCGCGGAACUCGGACCUGGAUAUGUGUCUGCUCCCCACCGGGCGCAGCGUCGGGGCCCAGCCGAAAGAAGUGAUGGGCAAGCGCCAGCUUCAGCAGUUAAUUGACGGAAAAGCUGGCGAUAACGGCCAUGCGCCGACUACCGACGCGGAAGUUGCUGAACAGUUGAGGGAUUUACGCGCACAGGUGCAGAAGAGUAUUGAGAAGCUUACCCAAGCGCUCAACACGUUGGAUCGAUCCGGAAAGAACGGUGAUAAGCACGUUAAGCAGCGGCGUCAGCUGGAGUUCUUUGACACGCAGAUGCGGCUGCUGCGGAACGCUAUCAUGGCGGAGCUCACGAAGCUGGUUGGACUCGUAGAGCCCCAGAAUGGAUCCAAUGGAAAGUCCGCACACCUGAAGACCAUUAUUGCUGCCAGCAGGCGCCGAAGUGACGACCUCUACCUGCUUCGCGCUAUUCUUCAGCGCGCAGCAAAGUGCGAGGUACGACAUGUGAUUGCUGGCGCCCGCGUUCCUAUCAUUCGCUUUCUGCACACCCGCAGCGGCCGUGAGUAUGAGUGCGACUUGUGCUUCGAAAACGUGCUGGCAACCCGCAACACCCCGCUUCUGCGCGCGUACGCGUCCUUCGACGACCGGGCGCGAGCGCUGGGCCUCGCUGUGAAGCACUGGGCCAAGCAGCGCAGCAUCAGCGAUGCUUCUAUGGGGUUCCUGAGCUCGUACUCUUUCGUGCUGCUAAGCAUUUAUUACUUGCAGGUGGUCCAUGUGCUUCCAAACCUGCAGGAUCCUCGGCUGUUAGAGACUGCACAAAUCCGACCGGACUACUACAACGACAUCAACAUCGCUUUCUGCGAAGAUCGCGGGAUCGCUCGAGCCUUCCAUCAACCGACUUCUGGAGUUGAUGCAUCGGGUUUGUCGCUGACGACGUUACUGGCUGGGUUCUUUGAGUUUUACGCCACACAGUUCGACUUCGCGAAACGCGUCAUAACUGUGCGAUCCCCAGAGAAGCCUGCACUCAAAGUCGCGCAGUGGGGUACCCGCAAAGCCAAGACGUGGCGCAUGAGUAUCCAGGACCCAUUGGAGACUGGACGCGAUUUGGGCUGCGUGCUGCAGUUCAAGGGCCAGGAAAAGAUCAUCCGUGAGUUGCGUCGUGCGCAUGAGAUGCUAGCACGAGGUGAGAGCUUUUCCGACGAUGUCUGCGCUGUUGAUAAACCUGCUGGUAAAGCUGGAAAGGCCAAUGGGAAGGCGAAGCAGGGGGCUGGAAACGAAUCGUUAAAGUCCUCUAAGCAAGCGAACGGAGACGCCACCGCGGCAGGCGCGGAAUCUUGUGUGCCGAAGCAGCAGCAGCAGUCGGAGAAGAUGAAGCGGUCGUAUGUGGUGACAAUGCAAAGCGCCGACGAAGAGCUGACGAAGGAAGUGAUUGAGACGUUCUUCAAGGACUUCCACAGGUCAUUUCGCGUUGGGAAAGUGGUCGAGGUAUCGACCUCGAAGACUGCAGCUGAUGGUGAAGACGAGUCUGCAAACAAGAACAAGCGCUGGGAGGUGGAGCUACUGAGCCAGGCUCAAAACUGCCCUCGAACGCUGUCUCUCAGAACUCGUAUUGACUGGAAGGCUGCGGAUGGACGUGUGGGUCGUGUGUGGCUUCAUCACCAGGCUUUAUUCGCGACGCCGCCGUGCCAGAAGUGCCUGUCACCCGAACACGCGACUGGCAAGUGCCCGCCUGAAGACGUUGCACAAGAGGAUGGCGAGGAAGGCGCGGGUGAGACUCAUGUCGACCUCAAGAUACCGCAGAAAAACAUUCGUCGCCAUGUCCUCCGGUUGACGCUGGGCGGGGGUCACUCUGCUGCAGCUACGAAGAAGAACGACCACCGUAAGAGCCAACAGCAGCGUGGACCUCCGCAGAACUCUCAUCAGCAUGACACUAAAGCCAACCCCAAGCGCAUUAACAACGGAAAACAGGCUGCUGGUAAGAGGGAGCCUCGUGGGAACAAGAAGACGGAGGUGGAGCGAGUGAACAUGCGCAGCGUAGAGGUCGUGGAGGUCGUGUCGUCUUCAUCGACUCCCCGAAUUGAAGGUGAAGGUGCCAACUCGAGCAAGACGCCUCAAAGGAAGAAGAGGUGGCAGCAGCGAGUCCACCGCAAGCGAGGCGGGUCCAAGAGCGAAAGCAACAACGCUGCAGCAGACUGA